AUGGAUAUUCGAUUUCCAUACUCGCCGGCGGAGGUCUCCAAAGUCCGUUUUGUUCAGUUCGGCAUCAUCAGCCCCGAUGAAAUUAGGCAAAUGUCGGUGGUGCAUAUCGAGCACAGUGAGACGAUGGAGAGAGGGAAGCCAAAGAUUGGCGGCCUUAGCGAUCCUCGUCUGGGUACCAUUGAUCGGAAGAUGAAGUGCGAGACCUGUAUGGCCAGUAUGGCAGAGUGUCCUGGACACUUUGGGCACCUUGAGCUUGCCAAACCCAUGUUCCAUAUUGGGUUUAUAAAAACAGUACUCAGUAUUAUGCGGUGUGUUUGCUUCAAUUGCUCCAAGAUUCUUGCCGAUGAGGAGGAUCACAAAUUUAAACAGGCUCAGAAAAUCAGAAAUCCCAAAAACAGGCUUAAAAAGAUUUUAGAUAGCUGCAAGAGCAAAACCAAAUGCGAAGGUGGUGAUGAAAUUGAGUCCCAAGGUCAAGACACUGAUGAACCAGUUAAGAAGAGUAGAGGGGGUUGUGGUGCUCAGCAGCCAAAGCUUACUAUUGAAGGUAUGAAAAUGAUUGCUGAAUACAAGAUUCAGAAAAAGAAAAGUGACGACCCUGAACAGCUUCCCGAACCUGUUGAAAGGAAACAACAGCUUUCUGCUGAAAGGGUUCUUAAUGUCCUCAAGCGAAUAAGUGAUGAAGACUGCAUUUUGUUGGGUUUGAAUCCUAAGUUUGCCCGUCCAGAUUGGAUGAUUUUGCAAGUCCUCCCAAUACCUCCCCCUCCUGUAAGACCUUCGGUGAUGAUGGAUACAUCCGCACGGAGUGAGGCAAGUCCUUUGUGCGGUCUUAUACUCCUUUUACGAGGGGCCCUGCUCUUAAAUCUACAAGAUGAUUUGACCCAUCAGUUGGCCAUGAUCAUAAGGCAUAAUGAGAAUCUGAGGAGACAGGAGAGAAAUGGGGCUCCUGCACAUAUAAUAUCUGAAUUUGCACAAUUGUUGCAGUUCCAUGUAGCUACAUAUUUUGACAAUGAGCUUCCGGGUCAGCCAAGGGCUACACAGAGGUCAGGCCGCCCUAUUAAAUCAAUCUGCAGUAGGCUUAAAGCUAAGGAGGGUCGGAUUAGGGGUAACUUGAUGGGUAAGCGGGUCGAUUUUUCAGCACGGACAGUCAUCACCCCAGAUCCAACCAUUAACAUUGAUGAAUUGGGAGUUCCAUGGAGUAUUGCUUUGAAUUUGACGUAUCCAGAAACUGUCACUCCGUAUAAUAUUGAAAGGCUAAAGGAGCUUGUUGAAAAUGGCCCUCAUCCUCCCCCUGGGAAAACUGGAGCCAGGUACAUCAUUAGAGAAGAUGGUCAGAGGCUUGAUCUUCGUUAUUUGAAGAAAAGUAGUGACUGUCAUCUGGAGCUCGGAUACAAGGCAACCAUCCUUUUUUUGUGUUUUGUAGUUAUGGUUGAGUAG